GACCGCGACUCUCCGACCAAGGACAUCAACCGCCUCACCCAUCGCUCAGCCUUCUUUCCAUCAACGACAUGAAGAUCUUCACUCUCCUCUCGUUCCUUCUUCCCCUCUGCUUGGCCCUUGUCGUCCCUAAAAGCAAUACCGAUGGAUCCGACUAUGCCUUGAUCCUCGCGCCUCGUCAAGCCGGCGCAGUUGUUGAAGCGACUAUUGAAGCGACCUUCGAAUUCGUCUUCGAAGAGGCAGGUGGGCAGGGGGCUACGGAGGAGGCUGAGGUUAUUAUCACGACUGAAGGCAAUACCGGUCGAAACGCCGCCGCAGCAGGCUACGCACCAUCAGGCACAUCAAUCACAGGAUCCAAAUUUGAGAAAUUUGGCACGCGAUUCUUCUUCAGAAAAUUCGACGAAUUCACUGGCUUUGAAGGAUCCGGAAACUUCCUCUACGACCAUGCUAGCCACAAAAUCUCGGAGUGGGGCGUGGAUAGCGCCGUGAUCAAACGCCCUGGAACCACCCUUCGACAAAUCAAAGGCACCAGGCUCUCUCUUACCAAGGUCAAGACUUCAUGAGCGUAUACGGACAUUAUCAAGAUCGUUGCAUUCAAUACCCUUGGCUCGAGAGGGACCACUUGAUUAAAGUGUGU